AUGAACAGCGAGUACGAUUAUCUGUUCAAGUUAUUGUUGAUUGGGAAUUCCGGUGUAGGUAAAUCGUGUUUGCUCUUGCGGUUCUCUGAUGACACCUAUACGAAUGAUUACAUUUCUACCAUCGGUGUUGAUUUCAAAAUUAAGACUGUAGAACUAGACGGUAAGACUGUGAAGUUGCAAAUCUGGGAUACCGCAGGACAGGAAAGAUUCCGCACUAUAACGUCUUCCUAUUACAGGGGAUCGCACGGGAUCAUCAUCGUGUAUGAUGUUACUGAUCAAGAAUCCUUCAACGGGGUUAAGAUGUGGUUACAAGAGAUUGACCGUUAUGCCACUUCUACUGUAUUGAAGCUGUUGGUGGGUAACAAGUGCGAUUUGGAGGACAAACGUGUUGUGGAAUACGAUGUGGCUCGUGAAUUUGCCGAGGCAAAUAAGAUGCCCUUCCUCGAGACUAGUGCCUUGGAUUCUACCAACGUCGAGCAGGCUUUCUUGACUAUGGCCAAGCAGAUUAAGGACAGCAUGGCGCAACAGCAUGCUCGUGACGGUGGAUCUAACGCUAAGGAUGACCAGGGGAAUGUUAACUUGAAGGGUCAAAGUCUAACCAACAACGCCGGUAACGGUUGCUGUUAA